AUGACAUUUUUCUUCCGCCAAUCUUCAAUAUCAGCAAUUAAUUGUCAAAACAGAUUUAUAUCCCUAACAAAAGAAGAAUUAUUAAAGAAACGUCAAAAACUUGAAGAAUUACGUAGAGCACGAGAAGAAAGAAUUAAAAGCACACCUGCUAGUAAAAAAGAGGAUUUUAAUCAAUUUCUUGAUGAUAUACUCUCAGUAAAGUCUAAACCAACAACUGAACCAACUAAAGAUAUUACACCAAAUAUAACUGCGCCAUAUAUUAAUCCACCUGUUGUACAAAGUCCUUCGUUGGUUAAUCCUCGAUAUAUUCCAGGCUUUAAUACCACUGAAACAGUCCUUUUGGAUGUGCCUCCAAGGGUAUUCUUUUAA